UUGUAGUUGGUUGGAGAUGUCAGUCAAGAAUAUAUUUUUUACAAAUGUAACUGCGAGUAUCAACUUCAUUUCACCAUUGUGAUGUUCGGUUACAAAGGACUAUUGUUACUGUUUGGAUUAUUUUUGGCUUGGGAAACGAGACAUGUGAAAGUCGCAGUUCUGAACGACUCUAAAAUGAUAGGUAUGUCCAUCUACAAUGUGUCUGUUGUUGCAACAAUUGGAGCUAUUGGUGCCAUUGGUCUUUACCAGACAAGUCAUUUUGAAACUGGUUUCAUUUUGGUGACGAUAGCCAUAUGCCUGUCAACAACUGUCACCUUGAUGUUAAUCUUCUUGCCUAAGAUUCGCAUUUUAUACAGUGGUUCAACUCACGCGCGAAAGCGAGCUACUUCUUCUAUUGUGCUGCACUCGACAAAACUUGACAUGCGACGCACAAAUUCGAAUACCAGUGUGUCUCAUAUUAAUGAAGAUUCGUUUUUUGGUCAUUCGAAAUCAUCAAGUAUAUAUAAUCCAAGUCGACCAAGCAUAUAAUAACGACUAAAACGUCCUUCCACCUCCAGUAUUGAUGUUGAUGGUGGAUUAGGUGACGAUGGUAACGGUAUAAUUCCACGUUAAAUUGUUGAUAAAAGGUAUAAUAUCAGAAGACCAUAUCAAAAGAUAGUCCACAUGCUUGAAAAGACGAUUUUUAUACUAAGAUUUAGAUUUUAGACACUUGGAUGGCCUUAAAGCAAUAUACGUAUUUGUUUAAAAGAACAUACGGCUGAGGCUAUAGGCACUUUUAUAACAGCUAACCUCGGAAUUUUGAAAAUAAUGUCAAAUGACUGAUAAGGAUCCCCCCGCCAAAAAAAAACAAAAUGUAUGCAGUUACAUCAUACGUUUUUUUUAAUGAUCCUUUGACUAAAUUUUCCAUAUCAAUAAAUGUACAUAUUUUAAUGUUUUUGUAUUCUGAGAAUUGAAUAAA